AUGGCUUUGCCCCCACGCCUUGUCACUCCUGCUAGACUCAUCUUUGAAGCAGCCAACAAAGCCAAUGUUACGGCUAUUCUCUUCGGCAGUGCUGCCGCCAAACUGCAUGGCGCCAAACGCGACACCAAAGACCUCGACAUCAAUGUAUCCUCUCUUGGAUUCACUACAUUCCUGCCGAAUGAGUUCGUUUGUCACCCUCGCACCGUCGACACCCGCCAGCAUAUCACCUGGGCAAACACCGUCAAGUGCGAUGUAGCUACCGAGCGCACUGAACUCGUGAAUGAUGCAUUUGAGACCUAUAGCUGCGUCACAGAGGACGGCAUUCGCUAUGCAUCGGCGAACAUUCUUUUGGCGGACAAGAUUCGUACAUAUGGACGACGCCCGUUCCAGGCUGUUCAGAAGCAAGAAAACGAUUUGUACGAUGUCCUACAGCUCAUCGAUGUCAUGAGGCAAAAGGGAGAUAAGAUGCCAGACGAGCUUAAGGAAUCGAUCCUUAGUGAAGAUGUUCUUAGGGCCUUCCUUGAACGUGUACCCGUCGAAGAUCAUCUGUUAUACCGCACUUUUUUGGAGGAGUUGAACGUUAAUCUACCGAAUUAG